ACAUGCAUGAGCACGUGGGCGGCGGCGGGGAGUUGCUGGAGUGUUGAGGGACCAGGUCCCGAAGACUGGCAGUGCGUGAGGCUGUGCGCAGACUGGGUCACGGGCUCUGGGGAUGCACUCAGGCACCAGUUCCAAACAGGCUCGCGUUUUACGUGCCCUCGAGGAGUUCGUUUUAGAAGGGCGAAUCCGCACUGCAAACGGCUUCCAGUUGGCAUGUCUCAGGCACCUUGGUUGUAGUGCCAGUUUGGACGUGCACCCAGACGGUCCUGAACUGGGUUCCUGAACAGCUCGCGCCUUUUGUUUGGGAGGCCAGCAAACAGCAGCUCCUCUGCGCUCUAGCCUAAGCGUCCUGCUCCUCCUGCUUCCCUAGCUCCCGGUGCAGGGCUCUCGGCUAUGCCUAUACGAGGAUGGCACCGAGGUGACUGAAGACUACUUUCCGGGCCUCCCUGAUGACGCCGAGCUCGUGCUGCUCACCGAGGGCCAGACAUGGCAGGGCUUGUCUUUUGCAGAGCACAUUUUAAUUUUUCAUGAAAUCCAAUUUGAUGGUUGCUACUUCUCUGAUUCUGCCUUUGGUAUCAAGUCUAAGAAACCCCAUUGAACCCUGGGCCCUAAGGUUCCUUCCUGCUGUGGAGAGGUGGGUCUUGUGGGUUGGUUUUGAAAACUGAACCAGGCUUGACUCCCCACUUGGCCUCCCUGUGCUCCUCUUUAGAAUCCCUGGACCCUGUGGCGAUAUUCUGAUAGGGCCCUUGGUGGCUGGUCUCUCUUGACCCUGAGAGCUUGUGGGAGAGCGCCCUGCCCUGGGAGUUGUGCAGACCUCUGCUCCAGGGCAGGAGGGAGGGUUGGGAGGUCUGAAGAGGGGUCUCCAGGGAAGGCCCUCAGAAGGGGGUGGUUCAGUUUAGAAGAGAGGAGGCCAAAAGGAGAGCAGGGGUGCUCAGGAGGAGGUGCUUUCGCUCCCUGACACACGUCCCUAUGGGGGCAGAGGGCGGGAGCUGGUGUGUAGUUGGCUGCUGGAUACAGCCGGCCAGGAGGAGGGCCUGGACCCCUUGAGUCUGAAUUCUAGCAAUCCCCAGGCUGAGGGAUUGAGGCCUGCUGAAGUUGGAUCUGGAAUGUCCCUGAAGGCACAAGUUGAAGGCUUGGUCCCCAGUGCAGUGGUGUCCAUUGGUGGGGCUUUGGAUUGGAUCCCAAGGGUUCUGAUCUCAUCAGUGGGUUAAUCCACUAGGGAGCUCACAGCUGAGUGGGCUCUUGGAGGAGUGGGGCCUAGUUGAAGAGAGUGGUCCUUGGGGGUCUCUGCUCCCUGGAUGCCAUGAGGUGACAGCUCCACUCUGCCAGGCCCCUGUCCAUGAUGCUGUGCCUCACACAGGCCCACAGUAGUGGACAGAACUGACCAUGGACUGAAACCUGCAACCAGGAGCCGGAAGAAACCUUUCCUCCCUUAAAUUGUUUUCUCAGAUAUUUUGUCACAGAGACGGAGAGCUGCAGCCUCUUCUCUGAUCAAGGCUUCCCUGGACUGAAUGCAUUUCUGUUUGUUCCCUGCUGGUGGCAGAUGUGAGUGACAUCAGUCGCUUCCUCAGCAUGUUUCACGAGGCACAGGCUGGGGUCAUUGAAGCUGCACGGCAGCUGCUUUCUGGCGAGAGGGCCCCCCUGAGGCAGAAGCUGCUGGCGGACCUCCUGCACACUGUCAGCCAGAACAUCGAGGCUGAGACCCGAGCCCAGGACCCGCCCUGGUUUGAAGGCUUGGAGUCCCGAUUCAGGAACAAGUCGGGCUACCUACGAUACAGCUGCGAGAGCCGGAUCCGGAGUUACCUGAGAGAGGUGAGCUCCUGUUCUCGAGUGCUGGGCGCAGAAGCUCGCGAGGAGUACUUACGGAUCCUUGGUGCCAUGUGCCAGAGGCUCAGGUCUGCGCAGUACAAUGGCAGCUACUUUGACCGAGGAGCUGAGGCCGGCAGUCGUCUCUGCACGCGGGAAGGCUGGUUCUCCUGCCAGGCACACCCCCGGUUCUGGCUGGGCCACCUCCUGACGGCCAGAGGAGCGUCAUUUCACAUGGGGUCUGGAGGCUGGAGCAGUGAUGCAGUGAGGGGCCCCUUUGACCUGGACAGCUGUGCGUCGAAGCACUGCAUCAACCCCUACAGCAACAGGGAGAGCCGGGUCCUCUUCAGCACCUGGAACCUGGAUCACAUACACCCAGGGUUGUCAGUGGUGCUGAAGCAAUUUCACGCUGCUGCUUGCCUGCUGUUCCCGAGCCGUGUUGGUUGUGUUCAUCUGGACUCUGCCCAUGUGACACCGGCCCGAGGGUGGAUGACUGGAGAUAGAAUAGAGAAGAAGCGCACCAUCGUGCCCACACUGGCUGAGGCCAUCCAGGAACAGGGCAGGAGAGAGGUGGACUGGGAAUACUUCUACAGCCUGCUCUUCACCUCAGAGAACCUCAAGCUGGUGCACAUCGCCUGCCACAAGAAGACCACCCACAAGCUCGAGUGCGACCCCGGUAGGAUCUACAGAUCCCAGAAGAGGCCAAAGAGGCGGCGGCCUGCUCGAAAGUGCCAGUGACCCAGGUGCCGAGUCCUUUACCCUCCACAAGGCCCAACUGUGCCUAACAAUAACAGGUGCGAUUUUGUAUUUUGUCCUCACUCCAGUGGUUCCUGGAAGAAAACUUCUUCAAAUCUGAUUUCAGUACAGUUCAGAGUCUGUUUCCUCUGCCAGAGGACAUCUUUUGGGUGCUUGCUGGGCGCUUGUGUCAGGGAGUCAUGCUGAGCUCUGGCCUUUGGCACUGAUCUGCCAGCACUGCAUGUGCUCCUGUGGCAGUCUCCACGCUCACAAGGCCCCACAGCUGAGCCUGGCUGCUCCUCUGCCUCAGUUUUGUGCUGGUCUCCAUUUAAAUGGCAGUUCCAUCUCUGGAUCCUUUUAAAAGCCUCAGAGAGAGAUGUGUUGCUUCUGGGGUAAAAGUCUGGGCUCCCAUGUUAGUGCUGUGAAUUAUUUAAAACUUUCCAAAUGUCUCAGUGGGGAAUAGCUGAGUGGCAUUAUGUUGGACCUUGCAAGCUUGCUUUUUUUUUAGGUAAAAAAUGGUUGGAUGUCAUUAAUUUCAUGAUUUGACCUAAUGCAUGUACAUAGUGCAAAACUGUAAUAGCUUUAAGUGUUUGUAAGUGUUCAUGUGUAGAAAUGGGAAGCUGUUGAGGGCACAGGGGGCUGGCUAUGCAGAGUAUGACCUAUUGGUUUUUUUUUUAAUAUGUAUUUUUUUGUUGUAAGUGGACACAGUACCUUUAUUUUAUUUUUAUGCGGUGUU